AUGGAGAAGGCUCAAUGUGGCCGGUCAGGUCCUGCUCUGAGGAAGGAGAAGAAGAAGAAGCAGGCCAAGGACGAGCUGGACCGCCUCAAGCAGGCUGAGAGGAAGAAGCGGCGCCUCGAGAAAGCCCUGGCGGCCUCUGCAGCCAUAAGGUCCGAACUUGAGAAGAAGAAGCAGAAGAAGAAGGAGGAGCAACAGCGCCUUGAUGAGGAAGGCGCAGCCAUAGCCGAGGCGGUAGCCCUGCACGUUCUUCUCGGGGAAGACUCUGAUGAUUCCCGCCGCAUCAUGCUGAAGGACAACGGCCAGUUCGGCUCCUGGAAUCACUCUGGUGGCAUUGACCUCUUCAUGGGUUAUCAGAGCUUCGAGGCGUAUGAGGGAGAAGGGUGUAAUGCCCUCGGAAUGCGAUGGUCUCCGCGGUUCCAAGGCGAGAAGAAGGAAUUGGCGGAGAGCUCAGUCGGCCACAUCGCGGCUGAGGCUCUCUCUUCUCUUCGGAUUGCUGAUGGCUCACAAAGAGAGGUCCUCCCUCACAAGGGAACCUCGGCAACUGCAGUCGUCAAUAGGAUGCUUGGGGGCGGCCUUGUGGGCCACCAGGUUGACUUUUACAGGGGCUUUUGA